UGCUGCAAUUAUGUUAUGAAAUAUUUUGCGCAAAUCGCUGACUAAGCUCGACCCACUGACUGACUGGCGGGCUGGCUGGCUGGAUGAUUGAGGGAUGGAUGGGAGGAACGAUGGACUGCUUGCUUAGCUGGCAGCAGGUGCCAACGACCGAACACUAUCAGGCCGCGUCAGCAACAAUUGCCACGACUCUGACACGGCGACAAGCGACUGUGGCCCUUCCCUUCACUGAGCGAAAGCGAAGGGCUGUCCAGACUCGAGUUCUGCUGUAUCGUUCAGGGGAAUUGGGCGAGGCAAUCUCGAGAGCAAAGAAACACUACAGGAUAUACAACUCUCCCUACUUUAUUCCUCAGUUCAUACCUCCCUUUUUUAUCAGUGUACUUCUCCUUUCUAGCCGACAUCCCGCUGCCACCUGGCAAAAACCAAAUAAAAACGGUGUCUUUGUUGCCGCAUCCACAGUGAGCCACAGUAAAAAAGUGUCAAACGCUGACCUGAAUCGGGCCCAUUGUAUGGGAUCCUCAUCUCCAACCCCGUGUGGGAGUAUCCUUGGGUGUGUGUGUGUGUCGGUGUGGGUGGAUGGAACAUUUGUCCACUUCUGGGAGCAUCCACUGUGCAUGUCACAAUGCUCCCCUGCUUAUCGUGAAAAGCAUAUUUCCCUGCUUCCUCUGCUGCUGCUGCCCUGCCUCCACUGUCGCUUUCCCCUUCCCCUUCCUCCCACUCAAACAAAACUGUCGACAGGCAACGGAAAUUCUAUAAAAAUGCAACGAGACAAUUUGAACAGCCCGACAUCAUUAUUCAGGUGCAAAUUUCGCAGGACAGUGCUAUUUCUCUGGCAAGGCCGACUGACUGGCAGGCAGGUGCCUCCUCCUGCACCCCACCGCACCGCACCUCACCCAUCCAUCCAUCCAUCCAUCCAUCCAUCCAUCCAUCCGUCCGUCCAUGUGGUUUGCCUCGCUUGGCCCACACAAUGUCGUUCAUCAAUUUUAUGAGCAGCGGAGGUAGCUGCCGAAGCAAGUCCGAGAUGGCCGGGGCCAUAGUCAUAACUCAGAGGCAGCAGAAACAGCAGCAGUAGCAGCAGCAGCAGAAACAGCAACCAGUAGCCAACGACAUUUAUGAGCCACCAAAAAAGACACAAAACUAUGCAUCCGCAUCCAAUUGGAGCGGGGCCCAGACUCUGGCACCCUGGCACCCUGGCAACCUGGCCCCCUGGCACUCUGUGAGAAUUGUGGCGACUCCGACUCUGACUCCGACUCCGCUGGCUGUUAAUGUGGCACGAAGUCGCCAAACUGCUCCCCCUUUAGUGUCUGUCUGUCCGUCUGCUAAAUGUCAGACCCCCGGACUGACCUUAGCUAUAUAGCCUAUUGUACCUCUGCUGCUUCGCUUCUUUGGUUUUUGUGACAUUUGCCCAUUCGGAAUUCGCAUUGGGUACGGCUUCCUCCAGCGCGUACGCCCGAUUCCGACUCUGGCUCUGACUCCCCACAACUCGAUUUGGCCAAUUUGCCUGAUCGAAUGCAUAAUUAAAAUCGAAUUGACGGCAGUCUUCAGUGUCGCUGGUCUCUUCUACACUGUAAUUUGAUGCCGAGUCGAGUUUUUCUUUUAAUUCAGUGACUUAA